AUGAUCGAAACUACGGAUGGAGCAUAUACAUUUUACUGCUUAUCUCCUUUUUUCAUUUUAGGCGACUUGCAUCCUAGUCAGUUAGAGACAGGCGAUGAGACAUAUCCAAUUGACCAUCUUUCUUCCUCCGAUGUCCUCGAGCCACAAUCCAAGACAUCCCCAAGACCCGACCCACCCUUCCUUAGUCUGGAAGAGCUUGCCGCUGGUCGACUAAGCGAGUCUGAACGCCAGGGCCUAUCUGUCUUCGCCGUUCAAAGAAAGCCUGAAACCCGAAGUGGAAGCGACAUGGAUAUCGGCAGUCAAUUUCGAGGAGGCUUAGUGCCGUCCGAAGGUGGCACAUCCUUGGACUGCGGCUCUAUCGGUGUUUCAUCCCGCCUUUACGUAAAGAAUGUCGCUCGUUCCGUGACUGUUGAGGACCUGCGCCAGGUUUUUGGAGGUUUCUCAACCAGUUUAAAUAGGCGCUUUAGUGCUACUGGUGCUCACCCUCUGGAGCAGCAUUUAUCUGGCGCCGAUGACCACUUUGAUAUUCAAUAUUUUACCCAUGGUCGUAUGAAAGGUAUAUAA